GUCUGAACAGCUCAACUUAGACACAUGCUUCCCCUCCAAGUGCCAAGCCUAUUGACCCACCGAUUGGGAAGCUCCCCUGUUGGCGGUUGGUGGUGGCUUGCGCGGAUUGGCCGCCUCAUGGUCAUCGGCGGGUCUCGGCAGCGAUCCUUGUGGACACUUUCUUGAACCUGGCGACGUCUCAAACUUGGGAUGUUGAGCUUACCAAAUGCCAACCAAAUCAGCCUGUCCAGACGUGCCAUCGCCGUCCGUCUCUUACGUACCUUUUACCAAUUCAUGCUCCUUCGCUUCCCUUGAGCCUGAGAGUCCUGAGCCCUGCCGUGACCUCUGAGUUGAACUGAGCUUCCCCAACCCUCGUCCGCGCCGGGGCCAAGCCCGCUGUCGCUGUCCAACAGACGCCGCCAUGCUGUCAGAAGUUGUCGCGAGCUCCCUCGUGGAACUUGCCAAACGAGAGGAAGAAGACCCCGCCGGCUCCGACCCGCCCCACCAGGAGAAAUACUCAUCAUGGGCCAUAUUUAUUCUGCUGUCGCUACUCAUUGUGUCGUUCUGCACGAGCUACACUCUACAACAGAGAAAGAUCACAGCUAUUCAUGAAACUGUCGUAUCCAUCUUCGGCGGCAUGACCAUCGGUCUCAUCCUCCGCGUAUCUGGCUUCGAUUCCGUCCGAGACUUGGUCAACUUUAACUACCAAUACUUCUUCAACCUGCUCCUUCCCCCGAUUAUUCUCUCGUCCGGUUACGAACUCCACCAAGCCAACUUUUUUCGAAAUAUAGGAACAAUCUUGAGUUUUGCUUUUGCGGGAACACUCAUCUCGGCCGUUGUGAUUGGCGUCUUGCUCUUCUUUUACACUGCAAUCUCUCCCGAGGGGCUGGAUGUGUCGUGGACCGAUGCCAUCGCCGUCGGCGCAACGCUUUCUGCCACAGAUCCGGUCACUAUUUUGGCAAUCUUCAACUCGUACAAGGUUGACCCGAAGCUGUACACCAUCAUCUUCGGCGAGUCUAUUCUGAACGAUGCCGUGGCCAUUGUUAUUUUCGAGGCUUCCCAGGCUAAGCAUUCUUCCGGGUCAGGGGGUAUUGGCAUCUUCAGCAUCCUGCAUGGAAUCUGGUACUUCUUGAAAGAGUUCUUUGGCAGUUUGGCGAUUGGCUGCAUUGUGGGCGUAAUGACUGCUCUCGCCUUGAAGUACACCUAUGUCAGACGGUAUCCAGCCAUCGAGAGUUGCUUGGUUGUGCUCAUUGCUUAUGCCAGCUACUUUUUCUCUCAAGCUAUUGAGAUGUCUGGAAUUGUAUCGCUUCUCUUCUGCGGCAUCACGCUCAAGCACUACGCUUACUUCAACAUGUCCCGCCGAACGCAGCUGACGACCAAGUACCUGUUCCAAGUUCUCGCUCACCUGUCUGAAAACUUCAUCUUUAUCUACCUAGGCCUGGCCCUCUUCACGGAGAAGAACCUCGUCUUUCAGCCCCUGUUGAUCAUUGUCACGGUUGUUUCCGUCUGUGCGGCAAGAUGGCUCGCUGUCUUCCCGCUUUCUCGAGCGAUCAACUGGUUCCGCCGAUAUAGAGCCGCCCGACGUGGUGGCGAAGCCGAUGAGUUGCCCUACAGCUACCAAGCCAUGCUCUUCUGGGCCGGUCUUCGUGGAGCCGUCGGCGUCGCUCUCUCAGCCCGCUUUACCGCGAAGGAAACCCAAGCUCUGCAAGCGACCGUCCUUGUUGUAGUGGUGCUGACCGUCAUCAUCUUUGGCGGCACUACAGCCCGCAUGCUCGAGAUAUUAGGAAUCCGCACUGGGGUAACAGAGGAUGCGGAUUCCGAUGACGAGUUUGAUAUCGAGGCUAUUGGAGGCGGACUUUACAAACGACCGGACAAUAGUGGGAUAGGAUACAAUCCCAGAAGUCGGAGCCGCGGGUCGGCCGUUGCAUUGGAUAACGUUGGCGGUAAUAACAGCAACGGUGCGGGCUGGACAUCAGGAAACAGGAGGAAACCCAGCCAUGGGAGAAAGGGACACAACUCCAAGGACAGCAACGACUUUGAGAGGUCAGAGUUGUUGGGUGUCAACAAUGGGGGGAGCAGUAACACUGACUCUGAGUUUGGGAGCGACAUUGACAUCUCAGACUUGCCACCACCGGCGCCGAGGAGGAGGUCGAGCCCUAUGCCAGGAGGGGAUAUCCCACCAGCUUCGACUGCGGCCACAACCCUUGGCUCUGGCCAGAACAGCGAGAGUGGGAAUCAUUCCACGCCACUAACAGCGUCUGCUGCGAUUAGACAACUGUUCAGAACAGACGACCCAUCUGCCCUGUUUAGACAGUUGGACGAAGACUACAUCAAGCCAACGCUGUUGCUAGAUGGGAGUCAUGGUAGAGGAGGCAGUGGUGGUGGAGGCUCGCAUUAGAUGUUGUUUUUCUUUCUGGUCAGGUCAAGCCCUGAAUUUUGGCUCGGUGCAUAUAGGAGGGAUAUCUUUUGGCAAAAGGAUGCCAGGCGGGGAGGCAUAUACCGGCGGCGUUUGUUCGUUUUUCUUUCUGCUGUUACUAUGAUUAGAUGUCUUGUUCUGUUUAGCUGGGAAACGCUGGCGUGUUUGGCUGGCUGGCUAUUGACUUUCUCGGUGCGAACUUGAGGAAGGGAAUAAAAUGUUUGGAUCAUUGUUAGUCCCAUCUCAGUACCUG